GUUUACUGCUGCCAAGGACUGGAGCCGUCCCCAGCCUUUUCUAGAAGAGAAUCUCUCGUAUUUCUUUCUACCUCUCAUGGGGGUUAAGGUGAACUCCGAAGCGAUUGUGGAGUGAGGCCCCACCUCUCCCAGCCUGAGCUGCAGGCUCGGGUUACUCUCUCCUGCCUGGUUCUCAGGAGCCCACAGUGAGCUUCACGCCUGCCUGCUGCUCCUGCCUGCGGCCAGAACCUGCCCAGAGCCUGGCAAAAUACCCGGCAAAAUACCCGGCAAAAUAACCUUUGCAGAAUUUAAACCUUAUUGCGGGAAGAUUCGCUGGCAAACACCCGGUCAAGGAUGGAAUAGCACCACUUGAGACUCGGCAACCAAACUGCUGCAAACAGCUGAGCGAUAUCAUCCUGUUAAUUUUAUUUUUUUAUUAUUACUUUAUUUUAUAUUUUUUUCCCAAAAUCGGGAAGAUCCGUGUCCUCCUGGUGAAGCCGUCAGGGGCAGGACUCUGGCAGGGAUGGCUCUGACUUCACCUGCUUCUGCGAAUGAGUCACGGAGUGUUAUAAAAAGCAAGGACCUGCCAAGUCUCGUUUCUUGGAACUGAGUGGAAAUUUCAGCGAGCAGCUGCUCUUUCGUUAGUUUAUACUUUUCCUCCGCAGGUUUCUUGGAGAGGGAAUCACAGAAAGUCUGUAGCACAGAGGACCUGUUGCUCCGUGUGGAUAACCGCGGCUCGGUGGAAAUAGCUGCGUGCUCCAGAUAUGAUUCUGAUCUUCCUGAGGGAUCUUGGUCAAGCCUGGAAGGAGCCUCGGGAAGGUAAUUAAGCAGUGAUUUGUCCUGUUGGGCAGCUGCCUUCUGAGUGCCUCUGGAGAGAUGCCAGCCAGCUGAACUAAGCAGGAGCAGGGACAGCAUCUACCAGGGCUGAAGUUUUCAUCCCAGGCACGUGACAUUUGCACAAGUGAUCUCUGGUGCUUUCCCCCAGGGAGUGACUGUGAGGAUGAAUGGACACAUAUCAAACACCCCUCCCGGUGGAUAUGGAAAUUACUUCCCUCAAAUGAAUGGCUAUGGCUCCCCAACGUUUGCUCAGGGAGAGAGGGAGCAGAAUUCAAGAACAAGUGCAAAAGCUCUCUACGAACAAAGAAAGAAUUAUGCACGAGACAGUGUCAGCAGCAUCUCUGAGACAUCACAGUACCAUGUGGAGCACUUGACCACCUUUGUUCUGGACCGAAAAGAGGCAAUGAUUACAGUGGAUGAUGGGAUAAGGAAGCUGAAAUUGUUGGAUGCCAAAGGCAAAGUGUGGACUCAAGACAUGAUUCUCCAAGUGGAUGACAAAGCUGUCAGUUUGGUGGACUUGGAAUCAAAGAAUGAACUGGAGAAUUUUCCUUUAAGCACAAUUCAGCAUUGCCAAGCUGUGAUGAAUGCAUGCAACUACAAUUCAAUUCUUGCAUUAAUAUGUAAAGAACCAACCCAAAACAAGCCUGAUUUGCAUCUUUUCCAGUGUGAUGAAGUUAAGGCUACCCUUAUUCAUGAAGAUAUUGAAAGUGCAAUCAGUGACAGUAAAAGUGGGAAACAAAAGAAGAGGCUUGAAACACUGAGGAUGAUCUCCAGGGCUGACAGUGCCAUCCCUCCUCCCCCCCGGGCUCCUGCCCCGGUGCCCCCCGGGACCCUGGCGCAGGUGGACGUGCGGAGCCGCGUGGCGGCCUGGUCGGCGUGGGCGUCGGAGCAGGGAGACUAUGAAAAGCACAGACAAUACCCUGAGCAGGAGGAAACAGCAGAGAUGAUAGCAGCCAGGAUUGACAGAGAUGUUCAAAUUCUGAACCAUAUUUUGGAUGACAUAGAGUAUUUUGUUACCAAACUGCAAAAAGCUGCUGAAGCAUUUGCUGAACUGUCAAAGAGGAAGAAAACUAAAAAAAGUAAAAAGAAAGGACCUGGAGAGGGUGUUCUCACUCUCCGUGCAAAGCCACCACCUCCAGAUGAAUUUGUUGACUGCUUCCAAAAAUUCAAGCAUGGCUUCAAUCUCCUGGCCAAGUUGAAGUUCCAUAUCCAAAAUCCCAGUGCAGCUGAUCUGGUUCAUUUUCUCUUCACCCCACUACAUAUGGUGGUGCAGACAACAGGAGGCCCAGAGCUUGCCAGCACAGUGCUCAGCCCCCUCCUGACCAAGGACACCAUAGACUUCCUGAGAUACACCAUCACCAGCGAGGAGGGGCAGCUCUGGAUGUCCCUGGGGGACUCAUGGACCAAAGCCAGAGCUGAGUGGCCAAAAGACCAUUUCAUCCCCCCCUACGUGCCCCGAUUCCGGAACGGCUGGGAGCCCCCCCUGCUGAAUUUCAUGGGAGCUCCCAAGGAGCAGGAGCUCAACCAUUUGGCUGAGUCUGUGGCCAACGUGGCAGAGCAGCAGAGGAAGCAGGAGAUGAAGAGACUGUCAAGUGAGCCUCCCGGCGUUCCCGACUACCCCCCGGCGGAUGGGUAUGCAUUCAGUAACACGGUGUACAAGAGAGGGCCUCUGCUGGACCAGGGGGCAGCUGUGGCUGCCUUUAAGCAAACUGUUAGCCGACAUGUAGAUAGAAACUAUGAAGCACACAAUAAAACACAGGGCAAGAAAUAUGCCAAAUGCAAGUAUGAAUUCGUGGCAAGGAACAACAGUGAGCUUUCUGUCAUGAAAGAAGAGAUUGUGGAGAUUCUGGAUGACAGAAAGCAGUGGUGGAAAGUUCAGAACAAAAGUGGCAGCACAGGCUUUGUGCCAAACAACAUUUUGGACCCUGUGAGGAGCACAGAAGGCAGCCAGGGAUGGCCAGAGCCUGCCUACACCCGCACCAUCCAGAAGCAGCGGACGGAACACGCGCCGAAGCCGCCGGAGCCCGUUCCCGGCACGCCCUCGCCGCCCCCCGUGCCCGUGGCCGUGCCCGUGGCCGUGCCCCUGCCCCCCUGUGCCCCUGCCCCCAUCCCUGUGCCCGUGCCCAAGGCGCCGGCCGCCGUCAGCCGCCAGAGCAGCUCCUCCAGCGACAGCGGCGGCACCGCCCGCGACUCCCAGCGGCACAAGCAGCUCCCCGUGGAUCGCAGGAAAUCCCAGAUGGAGGAGGUGCAGGAUGAGCUGGUGCACAGGCUCACCAUCGGCCGGAGCGCUGCCCAGAGGAAAUUCCACGUGCCACGGCCCAACAUCCCCGUGGUGAACAUCACCUACGACUCCUCUCCUGAGGAUGUCAAAGCCUGGCUGCAGUCCAAAGGAUUCAACCCUGUGACUGUGAACAGCCUCGGUGUGCUGACAGGGGCUCAGCUUUUCUCCCUCAAUAAAGAGGAGCUCAGGACUGUUUGCCCAGAAGGCUCAAGAGUCUACAUCCAAAUCACGGUACAGAAAUCUGCCUUGGAGGCUAGCAGUGGUAGUUCAGAACUGCAAGAAAUUAUGAGAAGGCGGCAAGAAAAAAUCAGUGCAGCUGCCACAGAUUCAGGUGUGGAGUCCUUUGAUGAAGGAAGCAGCCACUAAAUGUGUUUUCUCUUUUCUUUAAUUCCAUUGUCCAUAGCAUUAAACCAUCCAGCUUUGCUUUAGGAAGCAGUGAGGGGGAAUGUCUUAUUGUAUUGUAAACCUAACUAGCCAAUAUAAAGAAAAUUGACUGUAGUACCCACAGAAGUACCAGCUGCUGGCUCCUCACCAUGAAAAAUGAGCAGAUGAGAAAUGCAGUGGAGAUUGCUGGCAGGUGAAAAUAUUGGUACAUGACUCAUCUGCACCCAGGGAUGAGUCUUGGCUUUAUGGAAUUAACGUGAUGGAUAAAUUGGACACGUCCUUGUUGGGGAUUCAUCUGAGGGAAGCUGAGCCAGCAAUAAAAAAAACACUUGAACCCUUCAGUAAAAAUAAGAUUCUGAAUCCCAUCUCCUGCUGUAGUGUGCAGUUAUGUCUUUUUUGGCUCAGUCCUUCUUGUCAGGCAUUUGGCUGCAGGAUGUUUACUUAAGUUGUCCAGCAAAUGUAGAGGAAAUGUUUAGGGGAUGAAGAGCAGCUCAACACAGACUGAAUCUUUCCUGCAUCACCCCCGAGAUGUUUUAUUACUAAUGAUGCUGUUUAUAGCAAAAUAAUAUUCUGUACAUUGAUUUUAUCCAUAUUUCACCUGUGAUGAACUAUAAUAUUGCACAAGAAGGAGUAACUAGAAAAUAGUAACACAGCCCAGCUCAAAGUGGUGAUGAGAUCUGCUGUAGCCAUGCAACAACUCACAGUCCAUUUUUUAAAAAUAUAAUUGCAUUUUUUUGUCUGUAACUUAACCCAUCAAAAAGAACAGUGUAUAACCUUGAUUUCUCUGUGUGUUGAUCCCAGAUAUCAGUUUUUCCUCAUGCAAAAAGCCUUUGUAAUUUCCUUUAUAAAUGUAAUCUUUAGGAGAAGUGGAUUCCUGAAGGCAAAACAGGGGAAAACAGAAAAGAGAAACAUCCCUUCCAGAAAAAUGUUAUUUUUGGAGAUGCAACGAUUUUUGUCACAAAAUGUUCUGUUUCACAUGGUCAUGUGAUUUUAUAUAUAAUAUAUGUAUUAUAUAUAAUAUAUAAUAUCACUUAAUUUAGAUAAAUUUAAUCAUCUAGUUUGAUUAAGUUUCAUAGUGCCUUUAUCACAUGAAUCAGCUUAAAGUCUGCAAUAAACAGUAUUUCUUGUCUGUUAAAUUGUUGUAUCUUUGUGGCUACAAAGACAGUAUUGAAAAAAGAAAGUAACCUUGAUUUUUGCCAUUAGUUUGCUUUUCCUCUGCAUACAAGGGAAAAAAAGAAUCUAUUCAUUUUUCACAAAUGAAAAAUUAAAAUCUUAAUAAAGGUGUUAGUGCCA